AUGCUGCAGAUUGUUUGUGUACUAUUGCUUUGUGCUGUUAUACAGCGAGGAAGAACAAACAAAAGUUCCGACAACGCUGGCGACAUCCUUAAAGCACCGUUCGAUGGAGAAAUAUCGGGAUUCGGUCUGGAGAUUCUGCUGACUAAAUUAGAUUACAUCGAUCAUAAAUUAAUGCUCCUGGAGGAACUUAAAGUAGAACUGGCUCAACAACGAGAGAGGAUGGAAAGCAUUAAAGAAUCGCUUGAGAAAUUGACUACUGUUAUUACUACUCCAAAAACAGCAAUAAACACAACGCUACCAACAAGAGCAGCUUCAGUGCACGUUGUGCAAAUUCCUUUUACCUCGUGCAAGGAUGUAUCAUCAAAUGUAUCAGGAGUGUAUCUCAUUCGUGUUAACAACGAUAGUACCCCGUUCCACGUUUAUUGCGAGCAGCAGAAGUUUGGAGGCGGCUGGAUUGUAGUUCAACAUCGCUUCGACGGUUCGGUUGAUUUUUAUCGCAAUUGGGACCAAUACAGAGACGGAUUUGGUGAGCCGGACAAGGAGCACUGGCUCGGAUUGGAGCGAAUUCAUCAACUCACGUCAGCACGACCGCACGAAUUUCUCGUCGAGAUUAAGGACUUUGAGGGUAACUACGGUUAUGCUCAUUACGAUAAAUUUCAAGUAGGUAGUGAGAGUGAUCAAUACAUGCUUAAAACUGUGGGAUCCUAUAAUGGCACUGUCGGUGAUGGAAUGGACCACAACCAAGGAGAGAAGUUCUCUACAAAGGAUCGGGAUAAUGAUAAGCGAUCCGAGUAUCAUUUGGCUGUUGAUUACGAAGGAGCCUGGUGGUACGGUUAUGGUGGCACGACUUCGAAUUUGAACGGGCGGUACUGGAAUGCUUACGAUAGGAAAUCAAUUUGGUGGUGGUAUUUCAAAUCCGGCUUUCAAGGAUUGAGCUACACCAGAAUGAUGAUCCGUGAACUGUAA